AUGGAUCCGCUACCGACACCAAAUGACAACACUGGCCUUUCGACGGCAAUGUUUGGAGGGGCCAUUUCUGGGAUUGUUCAGACCGCUUUGACCUAUCCUUUGGAAUACUUCAAGACGAUUUCACAAAUUGAGAACAAGUCAAUCAUGCUCAAAGAGGCGGUAGUUCCUCAUGAUUCCAUGCGGCCGUUAUUUACCGGUUGUCUACCUCUUUCACUAGGAAUGGCUUUGAAGUCUUCAUCAAGAAUGUUUAUCUUCAACCAGUUUUCCAACUUCAUGGCAGACGAUGGUAAGACAAGUGCACCACGGGUGGUUGUUGCAGGUUUAAUGACCGGUGUGUUGGAAUCUUUUUGGUCGAUUCCAUUUGAAAACAUCAAAGUUCGUAUGAUUGAGAACUCGAUGAUCAGAUAUGGUUUAAAAACGACACUGGAUGAGGAAGUUCAACAACCGUCCAAGGUGAACACAGACAAUGCCACUCAGAGUGCCAAAAAAUCCAUCAGAAUAUCAAACAGACCAAGCAGUUCAAACUCGGUAAAGGAAGUCGCAAAAGAGAUGAUCAAGCAUCCGAGAAUGAAGGCUUUGGAAUACUAUCAUCACAAUCCGUCAUAUACUUUCAGUAACAUUGUACGUGAGAUGUACGAGACGGGAGGCAUAUCUGCCUUCACGCAAGGUUCUACUAUUACCUUACUUCGACAAGGUAUGAACAGUAUGGUUUGGUAUAGCACGUAUUCUUCUUUCCAGCAGCUAAUAGAUCCGAGUCGGGAUUCCAUCACCGAACUCGAGUUGUUGGCUAUGGGGUUUGCAUCCUCCAUGGCAGUUGUUGGUGUGACACAGCCCAUCGAUGUGAUCAAGACAAGAAUGCAAACGAGAGAUUACCGUAUUGUCUACAAAGACUUGAUGACAUGCAUAGCCUUAAUUUUCUUCAAGGAGGGUGUUUCCAAAUUUUGGAGUGGAUCGGUGCCGAGGUUUGUCAAGGUCAGCUGUUCGUCAACUGUGACGUUGUUGACGUAUGAGUAUGUCACUAAGGCCGUCAACACCUUGUCCGAAAUCAAGCCAUUUGCGGCAUAA